AUGGCUCAGGAACAGCGUGCUGCCCCUCUCCGUCUCGGCUCCAUCGCCCCCAACUUCGACGCUGAGACCACCGGCGGAAAGAUCAACUUCCACGAGUUCAUCGGUGACAACUGGGUCGUCCUCUUCUCCCAUCCUCUCGAGCCUGAGUUCGCUGCUCGUGGUGUCAAGCUCAUCGGUCUGAGCGCCAACAACAUCGACUCCCACAAGGAGUGGAUCAAGGACAUUGACGAGGUUACCGGCUCCAACCUCAAGUUCCCCAUCAUCUCCGACCCCGAGCGCAAGGUCGCCCACCUCUACGACAUGGUUGACUACGAUGACACCACCAACGUCGACCAGAAGGGCAUUGCCCUCACCAUCCGUUCCGUCUUCGUUAUCGACCCCAAGAAGAAGAUCCGUCUGAUCAUCAGCUACCCCGCCUCCACUGGCCGUAACACCGCCGAGGUCCUCCGUGUCGUUGAUGCUCUCCAGACCACCGACAAGAACGGUGUCACCACUCCCAUCAACUGGCUUCCCGGUGAUGACGUCGUCAUCCCUCCUACCGUCUCCACUGAGGACGCCCAGAAGAAGUUCGGUGAUGUCCGCGUUGUCAAGCCUCUGAGCAGCGCAGACGCCGGAAAGGAUGAUGGGCUGGCGACGCACGCUUCUGCAGCUGCCGCUGGAGCGUCUUCUGCGGCAACUCAGCAGAACCCGGUGGCCGGCCCUAUCAAUCUGUCUGGGUUAGUCUGCAACGUACGCAGGACGACAGGCAGAGAGCCUCACGCUCUUGUCGGGGCUACAACAACUAUUCUGGGCGACAAGCUAUACGUUUUUGGUGGCCGUAUGCUAUCGAGGACUCGUCCGCAGCUGACAUCCGAUCUAUAUGAGCUUGAUCUGAUUCGACGGCAUUGGACGAAGGUAGAAGCCACAGGAGACAUUCCUCCACCCCGUUAUUUUCACAGCAUGUGCGCUUUGGGUGACACUAAGCUCGUCUGCUACGGAGGCAUGUCUCCGGCGCCUACCUCCAAGGAUAGUCCUGGCGGCACUUCUGCAGGCGCGGAACCGCAGGCUGAGAAAGUUACGGUCAUGUCAGAUAUACAUAUAUUUGAUGUCCUGACGAGGGCGUGGACUCUGGUCCCGACAAAUGGUUCGCCGCAAGGUCGCUAUGCACACUGUGCCACCAUAUUGCCAUCGAGUGCAUAUUUCACGUCCGCAAACGCUCCUCUAUCUGCGAUUCAUCACAAUCCUUCGUCGUCGGCUCCGCACCAGGGCUCAAUUGGCGUGGACAUUGAUGGCCAGGGCGGAGCAGAGAUGAUAGUCGUCGGGGGCCAAGACGCUUCCAACCACUAUAUCGAGCAGAUCAGUGUCUUUAACCUCCGGAACCUGCAGUGGACUGCCACAUCCAGUCUUGGGAGAAGCUGUGGUGCGUAUCGGAGUGUUGUAGCACCACUGACAGGAAUGGACGCCUCCGAAGUGGGGGCCGAGUCUACCGACCAGGAAGCAUCCCGGACGCCAGUUGAUACUGAUGGUAAAGGGUCGCCAAUGCUUAUAUACUCAAAUUACAAUUUCUUGGAUGUGAAGCUGGAGCUUCAGAUACGCCUUCCAGAUGGCCGGUUGGUUGAGAAGCCAAUGCAGAGUCAAGCCUCCCCUCCUGGUCUGAGGUUUCCCAAUGGCGGCGUGAUCAACGGACAUUUCGUUGUCAGCGGCACCUACCUUACAUCCUCCAAACAGGAGUACGCUCUAUGGGCGCUCGAUCUGAAGACCCUCACGUGGUCCCGGAUUGACGCUGGGGGCACAAUUUUUGGCCACGGAAGUUGGAACCGUGGUGUCUUGUGGGAACGCAGGAACAUGUUCGUGAUCCUUGGGCACCGCAAGAGGAGUCUAGUUGAGGACUACAAUCACCGGAGGAUCAAUUUCUCUCACGUCUGUAUGGUCGAGCUGGAGGCGUUCGGACUGUACAAUAACCCUUGCAGGACAGCACCGACAUCCGGAUACGUCUCCCCAAAGCUGGCACAGUUGACGUCUGGAGGAAGGCCCUUCUCUUCUGCUUCGGAUGCUUUGGGCAAACUUGCCAUGUCCUUCAUUGAGGUUGCAGAUAUGGAAAUCCAGGCCGUGGGCGGAGAACGGAUACCCGUCAGUUCGCGCAUCCUGAGCCGCAGAUGGGGUCCCUUUUUCAUUCAGCUCGUGAGGGAAUCCUCCGACAGUGGGAUCUCGGAUUCUGAGACUCUGCGGCCUACCACUGGAAUGUAUCCCAGUCGCAAUUCUGUCGUCACGAUCACUCCUCCAGUCCGCAAGAACAGCGCUUAUUCCGUCGCUACCACUCUCGUCAACGAUCAAGCUUCCAGUAUCAAAAGCCCGCCGUCUUUUAUGUCUAACCUUGAGAUACCCUCUGCGCAUGGCUUGGCUCCUACAUCUCGUCCCCGCGUUCUCUACCUACCUCACACGUACCUGACCAUCCAACUUCUUGUUUACUAUCUCUAUACGUCUUCACUUCCUCCGAUCUCCUCUCCGCUGUGCACGCCGCAAAUCCUAUGUUCACUUCUUCAACUUGCGCGUCCCUACCAGGUCGAUGGUCUUUUGGAAGCCACCGUGGAAAGGCUUCACCAAGUACUUGACGGAAGGAAUGCGGCCGCUGUCUUCAAUGCGGCCGCCAUGGCUGCUGGAGGAGGCCGCGGAACAGGCUUUGUCAGUGGGCCAAGUGGUACGCUUGAAGCUCUCAACGGAGUACACGCUGCGCAUGAGUACAGCCGGCAGAAUUCCGUCGCCACUGGUCAACAGAGUGUCCUAACAUCGGACUCUUCGGACACCGAGCCGGGCGGCCUAGGAGGAGGUAGGGCAGACCCAACGAGUUCUCGAGAACUGCCGCUUCGUUUCAACACUGGCUUUCGCAAAAAGCAGCCGCGAAGAAUGCCUUCCUCGGAUCGGGACCGCGAGGACUCUAUCAGCAAUGCCAGUACUGCCACUUCAGCGUCGACGGGGACGAGCCAUAGUCAGGCGGAGUCCGAUAUCAUCGGUGAAAACGCUCGUCCAGGCCUUCGAAGCCGACGUCACACAGAUGCCGAUGGACAGUUUGAGGAGAUCUGGUCUGGAGAUGUUAGCAGUGUCAUUGGUCUCCAGAAACGUGGACUGCGUGGUCUGAUGGAGGGCCGGAGGCUGAGGGAACGCAGUGCCAAACCCAUGGGCAGUGGAGCUGGGGGCGCGCCUAUGGAUGGACAUACGAACAUUUAA